GUUUGAACUCCAUUUCCCAGAGUCCUUUGCGGUCCAGCUUCUGACAACAAACCGCCUGGGCGUCAAAUCCGAGUGCUCAGAGUGCGUUUGACUCGGGAUAAAGGAAGUUGUGACUCUGUUCUCCUGUUAUCGGCAGCGUGAUGAUGGAAAGCGAGGGAUGAGGACGAGUGCAGCGGCGAGCGAGAGCGCUCUGUGACCGAGGCUUGGCGAGAGAAACAAAAGGCCUUUGAUGGGUCUCGCUGUGGAGCUCGGCGCCGGCUCUCGCACACGCCGCUGAGUGAAUGUUGAUGAGGCGUGUGUGUGAGUGUGUGUGUGAGUGUGUGUGAGUGUGUUACGAUGGCACCGGGUGACACGGCGGCGGAGAACGGAAAGCAGCACAAGCUCAGGACGAAGUGCGCGUCCCGGUCGCCCGAGGCAGAGUGCGCGGCUGACGGCUCGUUCGUUUUCGAGGCUCACGAAGCCUGGAAGGACUUUCACAACUCGCUGCGACAGUUCUACGAGAACGGAGAACUCUGCGACGUCACGCUAAAGGUGGGCACCAAGCUGAUCCCUUGCCACAAGCUGGUGCUGGCCUGCGUGGUGCCGUACUUCCGCGCCAUGUUCCUCUCGGACAUGGCUGAGGCCAAGCAGGAGCUGAUCGAGAUCCGCGACUUCGACGGCGACGCCAUUCAGGACCUGGUGCGCUUCGCCUACUCGUCACGUCUGACGCUGACGGUGGAGAACGUCCAGCCGCUGCUCUACGCCGCCUGCAUCCUGCAGGUGGAGCUGGUGGCGCGAGCCUGCUGCGAAUACAUGAAGGCCCACUUCCACCCGUCCAACUGCCUCGCCGUGCGCACCUUCGCCGAGAGCCACCAUCGCGUGGACCUGAUGGACAUGGCCGACCGUUACGCCUGCGAGCACUUCGGCCAGGUGCUGGAGAGCGACGACUUCACGCGCGUCUCACCGCAGCACCUCAAGACGCUGCUCAGUUCCAGCGACCUCAACAUCCACUCCGAGACGCAAGUGUACGAAGCCGCUGUCAAGUGGCUCAAAGCCAAUCCACAGCACCACGAGCUCUGGCUCCACCAGAUCAUGUCUCAGGUGCGUCUUCCUCUGCUCCCCGUGGGCUUCCUCACAGGCACCGUGGCGAAAGAGGAGAUGAUCAAGGCUGACCUGAGCUGCCGAGACCUGCUGGACGAGGCCAGGAACUACCACCUGCACCUCAGCAACAAGAGCGUGCCGGACUUCGAGUACUCGAUCCGCACCACGCCACGCAAACACACAGCGGGUGUGCUGUUCUGCGUGGGGGGACGUGGCGGUUCUGGAGAUCCGUUCCGCAGCAUCGAGUGCUACUCCAUCAGCAAGAACAGCUGGUUCUUCGGCCCUGAGAUGAACAGCAGGCGCAGACACGUGGGAGUCAUCUCUGUAGAAGGAAAGGUGUACGCAGUGGGAGGCCAUGAUGGCAGCGAGCACCUGGGCAACAUGGAGAUGUUCGAUCCCUUCACCAGCAAGUGGAUGAUGAAGGCCUCCAUGAACACAAAAAGGAGGGGCAUUGCGCUGGCCACACUCGGAGGUCCGAUCUACGCUAUAGGAGGCCUGGAUGAUAACUCGUGCUUUAGCGAUGUGGAGCGAUACGAUAUUGAGGCGGACCGCUGGAGCGCCGUCUCCCCCAUGAACACCCCUAGAGGAGGAGUGGGCUCUGUCGCUUUAGGGAGCUACGUGUACGCUGUAGGAGGGAACGACGGCGUAGCCUCCCUGUCGAGCGUCGAGCGUUUCGACCCGCACCUCAACAAAUGGAGCGACGUGCGAGAGAUGGGACAGAGGCGCGCAGGAAACGGAGUGAGCGAACUCAACGGCUGCCUCUACGUUGUAGGUGGGUUUGACGAUAACUCUCCGCUGAGUUCAGUGGAGCGCUUCGAUCCCAGGAUGAACCGCUGGGAGUACGUCGCUGAGCUCACCACGCCGAGGGGCGGAGUCGGUGUUGCUACGGUGAUGGGGCGGGUCUUUGCUGUGGGCGGGCACAACGGAAACAUCUACCUGAACACGGUGGAGGCGUUUGAGCCGCGCGUGAACAGGUGGGAGUUGGUUGGCUCAGUGUCUCACUGCAGGGCCGGAGCGGGCGUGGCCGUCUGCGCCACACAUAUCAGUCAGAUUCGAGACGUGGGUCAGGGUUCGAGCAACGUGGUGGACUGCAUGUAGUGACAUGCUUAGAGAACGGAUACAACACGGUGUCCACACACACACACACACACACACACACACACACACACACACACACACAGAGCACCACAUCUCUCCUAAACACCACACACACUCCACAUACAGCUCCGCAAUGUUCUCAACAUCUAUACACACAUAUUACACGCUCCAAAUACUACACCCGCUACACAGUUAAAAUACCGCAACACUACACUCCGCUGCAGCAGUAUCAGUUCCUCUGAAUUCUCAUCGUGUCAGUGUGUGAAAUCUUCCUCAUAUCAGAGUUCUCAUGUUGCUUUAAAGACUAUGAAGUUUCAGUAAUACUUUGAUGUAUAAAAAACAGGAAGCAUGUGCUACACAAUCUCUAUUUACCGUUUAGUUCAUAGUUCAAGAUAAUCAGAUUUGUGAAGAACAGUUAUAAUGACAAAUAGCUUCGUUCUUUUUGGCUCAAAGUUAACUAACAGGCAUAACUCAGAUAGUAGUUCUCAUCUUUAGCAACUCAUGCUAACCAGUGGUUAUCAUCAUGGAACUCGCUGCUUCAUCAUAACUACCCGUUAAACAAAGCAAAGCCAAGUAAACACGAACGAUCUAGCUAGCUGACGACGCUGACAGCCGAGCAGCCAUCUUGCUCACGUCUUGAGAAGGACCUACACCGAGCCAUUUUAAUACACUGCUUUUUGUACGAGGAUUUUAUUGUGCACUAUCUUUCCUAGACUAGAAACCAGGCUUGAGUAUAUUUUUUGUCUGAAAGAUGAACUGACACUAAGACGUUAGUGCUUUUUCAGAAUGUUCAAAAAGGGUUCAUAGUGCCGAUUCUGCUUUUUCUCUGCAGAUCGUGUGAAAAAGGAAUUUCUGUGGUUUCACAUAUCUUAGCUGUAUCGUAGUUUGAUUUUUUUUUUUUUUUUUUUUUUUUUUAAGUUUUUAAUCUCGAUAAAGUUUUAAGCCUGUGCUUUUUGGAAUGAAUUUAUAUGUAUUUAUAUGUGUGCUAAUAAUUAUAUCUUUCUUUUCAGUUUAUAUAUUGAAACAUGUCAUUACUUUGAACACAUCAUCUUGUGUUUGACAAUGUUUUUUUUUUUGGUGUACUUUUUUAAUUCCAUAGUAUAUUUAUCCUUUUUGUCAUCAGGCAUCACAUCUGCAAUCAUUUGUGACCUACGUAUUUAUAUUUAUUUUCACGUAUUUAAAGCACAGAGAAUCAUAACCGUAUGAGGUUGUUUACAAACUGCCAUGAAGCGUGACGAGCGCUUGACUUGUGCAAUUCUGGGUUUCAGUAUCAGAGCCUUUUGUAUCUGAUUUGAAGAAAACGUGACUGAUACAUGACACAUAUAAAAUGGGUCUGAACUUCCCAAACCAGUUCCUGAGAGUCCCUCUGCCUUUUUCUGUCCUGAUCCAAUUUGGUAAAAGGAGUAGUUUGAUGAAUUUAUGCAGUUUUUACACUCAAAUCUAGGAUUAUUUUUAUUUUUAUUUUAUUUUAUUGCAUUUAAUCACACGAAUAUCAUUUCAGGAUUUAGGAUAGAAAACACUGGUACUGGGAUGGGAACCAUGACUGAAUUGUUCAAUGUGUGAAAGUUUCUCUAUCAGACAUGCACCUAUUUUAGGAUGAGAGCUACUGUAGUGAAUCGACACUUCCUGUACAGUGGUACUUCCUGUUUCCAAUAAGGUACUGUACUUGUUCAACUGAACUUCAUGCUCUCAUCUGUUAGUUUGUAUUAUUCAAAUAAAGUUAUAAGGAAUAUUGUAAUGAAAUAAAAUGCUUGUGCAUCCAGUG